CUUAGAUCAUGUCAUACUUGUUCAACUGCCACUGCUCAUGAUGGGUGAGUAUCAGUUAUAAACAAGUAUGGAGAGAAGAAAGCGUGAGGAGACAGCAGAGGGCUCCACAUCACACCAGCCAAAGUUAUCAGGAGCCAUGGCACUGAGGAACUUCACCAUACCCAGGACUUCUGGAGAAGUCCUUUUGGAGCAUUGCCCAGAGGAGAGCCAAGAUUACAGUCUCAUUCGGUCAAAACUGAGAGAUUCUAGGCUGGACAUGAGUAAGGACCUAGCCACCACAUGGCAGUGGAAAGAUGCUUGUUUAGUACACAAUGAGGAGCUUCUUAGAAAGUUCUCAGAGAAAAGGGCUGAGAUGUGCGCUAAAGGAAGACAUGGGAAAGAAAUGGAAGAAACAUUCUGUUUUAUUGUUGCAUCGGACCAAAUGACAGCACAGAUUUGUCAGCAUGGUCUACGGGUUAGCAGCACAGUCCAACAUGCUCUGGGAAAGCCAUCACAUGGAGUAUAUGUGUUUAGACAUGUAGAUGUUGCGUUGAAAUCAACUACCAGCAUAUCAACAGCUAAUAAUCUGUUAAUUUUCAAGGUUCUGUAUGGAAAGGUGAAAAAAAUUGCACAGAAUUCAGAUUUGAACAAAACACAGGAUCCCACAUUUAGCUUUGACUGUCACAUGUUAAAAGAGGCAGUUUCCCAUAGAGACAGACUCCACCAGCAAGUACUGGGUUCCUCUGUUUUUCUCUUUGACUUUAAUGGGAACCAGGAGCUCAAUGAAAGACCCAGGCAGUGUGUACCCUAUGCUGUAGUUUCAUUUGUUUCUGCCAGCAGUGCCAUUCUGACUUCACCUACAAUCUCACCAAUAUCACCUUCUGCACUUCCUGUUGGCCCAGUGCAUGAAACAGUAGACUGUUUCAAGGCAUGUACUGUGGCUGAGAGAAGAGGCAAUGAAGACACUGGAACCAUUACAUGUAAACAUUUCGGCACACCAGUUUAUUUAGUACCGGAUUAUACACCUCAGAAUCCAGGAACAGAGGUUCUGUUUCAAAAUAUGGAAAACACUGUAAAAUGGAUUUCUGCCAGUCAUGAAUCAGUGCCAAAAGUGGAUCGCACUGCUCUCUCUCAAAGUUUACUGGAAAAGGAAACAUUCUCAAGUAAUCAAAGACUAAAUACUUUAAGUACAAAUGAAGUAUAUGACAAUGAAUGUGACACAACACCUGGAAGUCUAUCCAAGUCCACAGAAACAAACCAACAGACAAAGUACUCAAAGGCAGAGACAACAUAUUUCGCCUCAGGAUUUGAAGGUAGACAAUGCAAAUCAGACCGCCAAAACCAGGAAGAAAAUUGUGGGUUUGCUAGAACUGAGUCUGGUCCAAAAGAGCCAUUAAACAUGGACAUGAAGAAUGAUCAAAUAAAUAAGUGUUUUUCUCUACAAUCCUCAAUGAACAACUGUGGGCAUUCACUAAAGCAAAAAGCAGAAACAUUGCCCUCAAUGAAGUUAUUCAAAAUGAAAUUCCAGAAAUAUUCUGCAUACUUCAGACUGAAUGAGGAACAGAGGCGUGAAAAGAUCUGGUCACUAGAAAAUAUGUCACCAGAGCAAAAGCAAGCAUUAAUGGACCAUGUACAUUUCUAUGAGGUUUAUUAUCACAAGUAUAAGAAGGGAUUGCUGUCUCAAAAGUACAGUGAGACACAGAAGGCCUCCAGAUUGUGUGAAAGAGAAAAUCUAAUUUUACACACAACAGAGAAUACAUACAAUCAGAAUCCAUCUAAUGUGUGCCAAACAAAAACAUAUGGUGCAGCAAGUUUAUCAGAUAAAACAGAUUUUACUCACAGGGAGAAGUGCAUUGAGACCAAACAUCCAGAUAAUCCAAAAUCUAGCACUGUAAUGCUUGUAGAAAAGAAGCUGGAUCUUCUACCAGAGACACAUCGGGACUAUGUAGACCAUCAUGAUGGUCUGGUUGAGUCUCCAGGAAAACUUUCAGAGCUAGCCUCAAUGAAUCACACACUUACAGACAAAAGAUCUGAUGCACAAAUUGUGCAAUCUGAUCCCAAGCAAUCCCAAGAGGCCAUAACUAGCCACAGCAUAGAAGGUAAGAUUCAUCUUGAGAUUGUAUGUCAAGGGGAAGUAUCCACAAGUGUGAUAGAGUCCUCUGUGAUUGAAUCUGCCCCAGGUGUUAACAUUGUUGAGGGAACCCAUCCCAAACAAGCUGUUACAUAUGCAAACAACAUCACUGCUCUGGAUAUUGCAAGCUGUGUUGUAGUCUCUAGCUGUGGAGCAUCAGAGGACUGUAGUCUCAACCCUGUUAUGGCAGUAACACAAGAAUUAAAUGGGCAAAAUCAAAAGAGGGAUACUACAUGUACUGAAGGCCCUAAAAUAUCUGGAGAGCUUGAUAUGGAAGACAACAAUACUCACAGGGAAUUGUACGCCAGACUUCAACUUGAUCAGCUAUUGCCAAGCAAAAAUGGAAAGCAUAUUUUCUCUGCGAGAGCUUACCUCACACCAAGAGUUAUGGGUAGACCUAUGAAUACCAUGGCCAAGCCAGAGAUUUACAUCAAAUAUCACUGUAAAGACAUGAAGUGCAGGGAAGAUCUCAAUGUCACUAUAAAAGCCAACAAAACUGCCUAUUCUAAACAAACACUUUCUCUGUCUGAACGCUUUUCAAAAAACAGAAGCCUUCAGAAGUGGGUGACUGGCCUCAUGUCAAAAUUCAGCAACAGCAAAAUUAUCCAAAACCCAGAGACCCAAAUAGCCAGCAGUGAAGAACAUAAGGAAACUGUAACCCGUAACUGUAAACUAAUACAACUAUUAGCACAAAGGUACAACAAUGCUAAAUUAUAUGCUAAAUACAGAAGUUUGAGCAGACAAGGCAAUAAGAAUACAUGUAUCCAAAAACUAAUUCGCUCUCUGAGGAGGACAAAAUGUGUCAAGAAGAGACAUUUUUGGAAAGAAAAUAAUUGCACGAUGUCAUCUGAGAGUUCCCACUCAGCAGUGCAUGGUAAAGUCACAUCAAACUCUUCAAAUAGUCUGUCACAUGCUUCUGAUAAAGUCUUAACAGAAAGUAAAGAUGAUGAACCAGAUCCAAAUUUAGAAAUAAUGUCUCACACAUCUCAUGCAGACAGUGACAGACAAUGGUUAUACAUUCAGGGUUGUCAAGAGGGUAUUACUUGUAAAAGUCAACUCCAAGACCAUUGUUCUCCAACCAAAUCUGCUACUAACAAAGACCUGACACUGAAACCUACAGCACCACUUUCAUUUGAUUCAAUCUACAGUAACAAGGAAAAACCGACAGAAGAUAUGCUCAUGGUAGAUGAAAUGGAACAAGUUCAGAUAGCCAAGAAUAGCCCAAAUCAAAACCAAUCCUUGAUGACAUGUGCACGCAUGUUGGACGAUUCAAGGAAAGACUGUAGGAGUACAAUCACAUACGAAGGGAGCAUGUCGCAGGAACUGAUAUCAGAGACUGAAUCAGUUCCUUUAGGUGGGGCAGAGCAUAACACAAUGAAAAAAUCAGUGGAGGACAAUGUAAAAGCUACUAAGGGCUUGAGUUUAAAGGAAUGUAAGGUAUCAGGAACAAAUAGUAAUAUGACCGAAAGCAAUGCAAUCAGAAGUCACACAUCUAACCUCCAGAAAAACAUGACUCCUGAACUCAAAAGGAUGGAUACUAACCAUAAUAAGAUUAAGACAGAGACUGAGGUAUCCAUUCGUUGUGACAGUGCAAUGGGUAAUAUAAAAAAUAAUGAGACAAAUGGAAGUGUGGAAACAUCCCUCAACUUUCAGAGAUUUGACAAAGGAGAGAUGCCAGCAAAGGCUUGCUGCAAAAAUACCCCAAAUAAGAAUCUAUCAACGUCGACUAACAGGUCUACUCACAGCAGUGCUUGGAGUAUUGAUACUGAGAUCACAAUGGCAAACAGUCAAGAGAAAGUGUUGUUUGGAGAGAAGUCAUCAGAUUCAAAGCAUUGUGUUGUAGAGGCUUUCGAAUGUACAUCAGAUAAUGUUGUAGAUCUCACUGCUGAUGAUCCAACUUCAAGUGGCAAUGAAACAAAUUUGUCUGGCAUUUCCACUUCAAAUACCAAACGUUCAAGCACUGUCACAAUAGAGCAAAAUGGUAAUUUAUCCAGACCAGAACAAAACAAAAACUGUGAUGAAGACUCUCCUGAAACACAGCUCAUUUCUAAACUAAGAGAUUAUUUGACCAAAUUUGAGUCCACUGUUAAGAAACAUGAUACGGUGCAUGAAGAUCUGAAACAGAAACCAGUGGCAUGGAUAACCCUCGACAGUACGGCACAUAAACAGCAAUUAGCGGAAAAAGGCCAAAACAACAUAGUGAAUUUUCCCAAUCUGAUGCCUCAGGGUAGUGACUCCAUUACAACAGACAAUUCCAGAGAGUCCUCCAAUAACUCUGCGCAAACUAGGAUGAUUCCUGGUAUUGAACAUGUUCCAACUGCAAACAAUAUUUACUUACUAGUGCCUGCUGGAUCUAAGAGAGGCAGACGAUCUUCUCAGACCAAAAGUACCAACCGGCUUGUAUCAAAGAGUGCAAGAAGGGGCUUGGUGGCUAGUGACAGUCCUGACAUCACUAGUUCACUAGACACAGUAAAAGAUAACAUUGGUCAUCUUGCUUUGGCCCAGUUGAACAACAGGAAUCCCGCUCCCACAGAAAUCUCCAUCAAUACUCCCAGUGCAAAAUUCUGGAUGCAAAGUAAAAAUACAAUAGGGCAACAAAAUCCCAUCAUAUGCUCCCAAGACUCAGUGAACAUGGACAGUUUAUUUGAAAGAAAGACUCAAGCGAAUCAAUCUUUGGACACGAUAGAAAUAAUUGAUGAUGGUAAUGUGAGUAGUACAUUUGCUGAGAGUGUGUACAGUGUCAAUGACAUUUCAAACACUCUUAAAAUGGCAGAUCAGACAAUCUCAUUAACUGAACUUGGAUCUCUGCAAUCUAAAUGCAAGCGCAUGCUACAACAUUUCAUCUCAAGUUUUGAAAAAGAUCAGAAAGUUAAAUUCAAACAAUCUUUUGUUUCAAGACAUCUCAUCUUUGAACAAUAUUUAGACCAUCCGCCUGCACAAGUAGACCUGAAGUACGAAGCGGUGAACUCUUACUUGGAGUUGCAGAUGAUGAUGGAAACAUGGCAGUUUGUUGAUAACAAAAUCAACUUUCUGAGUGGAAAACCUACCUUUAGGAGUUUGCUUUACUAUGAUCCAUCCCUUUAUGGUGAACUCUACAAGGGGGAGGUCGGCUUUCAGCAGCAGUCAUCUUUGUUUGCUUCUUUUCAAAAGAUCCUGGUGCAGGAGGGCUACAGUAAACUGCAGGAAUACUACAUUGCUGUAUCCUCUCUGCACCAAAAGCUCCAUGCAGCCUCUGAUGCAUCUUACUACAUGUAUCUGAAAAGCAAGCGUGAGCUGCUGGAGGUAGAAGCGGUGCUCAGAAAUCCACGUGAUGUUAAUAGCUUCUUUUUAUCUGUACCAUUGGCUGCUAUGAUCAACUUUGGAGACAAUUUGGAAAAUUUGGAAAAGGUCCACAAAUUAUUAAUUACUUUUGUGGAAACACCAUCGGAUCUGUUGACAGGGACUUUUGAUGAGGGCAAAGCAGAGCAUCUGUCUAUCAUGUGCAGAUAUCUCCAAGAAAAAGCCUUUUUUAUUAGAUCCUGCAAAGAAAUGGUCAGCAAAGUGCCAUGGUUUGGAAUAGAGCACCUUCUUUAUGAUGCCUCUAAGGUUCUUAUAUGGCAAGACAUGGAGCAAGGUGUGCCAAGUGAAGUUCUCAAGAAGUAUAAGAGUUCAAACCCACAAAUUAUUCUUGGGGUGACAGAGUCUGGCAUCACUCUUAUGAACAAAGUGGAGCAGCCUCCUCCAUCCAUGUUUGCAGCAGAGACCCCAGCACAUAAACAAAUCAAUGCUGCUCGGAAACACAAAGGUUUACAAUUAUUGAUGUCCCCUCAACCCACUGUUGGACAGAGCCUAAAUGCUGAAAAGGAGGCUGCUUACAAAAUGGCUAAAAGGAGGGUAUCUCAUCCACCCAUAACACCAUGUAAUAUAAAUAACAAUGAAGUGAAUCCACUAUUCAAAAUGAAUCCUGCAACCCACAUUGAGAACCCAACUCCUUACAAAGCUCUUCCUCAAAAACCCAGUCAAGUGCACUGGGGAAAGAAACGAGUGUCUUUAUCUCGCUUUGAUCAGAGGACAGCUUCAGCAGACAUUCAGAGAGCACAGAGGCCUUCCACUUCGGCUCCCCAAGCAACUUUACCAGGAGACUCUGGUGUUAAGCAUACGAGGAUUGAGAGUGUGAAACAUCAGCAAAUUUGCACUUCACAUUGUCCUGUGCUCUCAAAAGAUCAAGUAAACCAGUUCACUUUAGCCACGACACAGCCCUAUAGCUUACCACAUUUUCCUUUAAAUACAACUUCUGUUCCUCCUCCAUCUCUCUCACUCAAGGCAUUUCCAAACACUAUGAUGCAUGUCCCUGUGCCUGGCACGAUUACAGCAAUUAAUUACCCCUACUUCCUUUUGAAUGGACAAACAUACACCACAAGCUCCACUGCAGCCUUUUACCCUGAUACUAGAUAAGAUCCUAAUGCCAUUUAGGACUAACGUACUACCAGCUUUAAUUUAACUUUUUGAGUCUAUUUUAGUUAAAUGGAUAUUUUUCAAUAAAUAAUAUUUUAUAGCCCUACCUUUUUCUAGAAUACCACUAGUUCAUUUGUACCUGCUACUUUUAACUAGUGUACUGUAUAUAUCAAACGCAUACAGUAUUUACAUCUAAAACUGUCUGCGUAUAUAUACCUGUUCAAAGAACUGAUGUUCAUUGUUGUAUUUAUUGCAAAUCAAGAUUCACAAGAUUUGUUUUCUACUACAAGUAAAUGUAAAUAAAGAAAGAAAUGUAUAAUUUUA